AUGAAUCCGACCAAGUCUCGCCGGAAAAUCGUCCCGGCGGAGAACGGCGACACCGCCGACAAACAGGACCAGCUCCUCCUCUCCGCCGCCAUCUGCAACGGCGAAGAUCUCGGCCCCUUCGUCCGGAAAGCCUUCGCCUCCGGCAAACCAGAAACCCUUCUCCACCACCUCAAGCACUUCACCAAGUCCAAGGAAUCGGAGAUCGAGGACGUCUGCCGCGCCCACUACCAGGACUUCAUCCAGGCCGUCGACGAUCUCCGAUCCCUCCUGUCCGACGCCGAUUCGCUCAAAUCUUCGCUCUCCAACUCCAACUCCAAGCUCCAGAGCGUUGCCGUCCCGCUCCUCACCUCCCUCGACGCCUUCGUCGAGGCCAAGAACAAGUGCUCCAACAUCGCCCUCGCGAUUGACUCCCUCAGCACCUGCGUCCAGUUAAUGGAGCUCUGCUCGCGCGCGAAUUCGCAUCUCACCAGGGACAACUUCUACAUGGCGUUGAAAUGCGUGGACUCGAUCGAGACCAAUUUUCAGGACAAAACGCCGUCGUCCACCCUCAGGCGGAUGCUGGAGAAACAGAUCCCGUCGAUUAGGGCUCACAUAGAGCGGAAAGUGAGCAAGGAGUUUGGGGAUUGGCUGGUCGAGAUCCGAACCGUUAGCCGGAAUCUAGGUCAGCUCGCAAUCGGACAAGCCUCGGCGGCGCGUCAGAGAGAAGAAGAACUCCGGAUUAAGCAGCGGCAAGCCGAAGAGCAGAGCCGCCUCAGUUUGAGGGAUUGCGUGUACGCCCUUGAGGAAGAGGACGACGACGAGAUUGACGGAGUCAUUGACGGAAGUAACGGUGGGAACGGGGUUCUAGGAUUUGAUUUGACGCCGUUGUACAGGGCCUACCACAUACACCAGACUCUAGGCCUCGAGGACCGGUUCAAGCAGUAUUAUUUCGAGAACAGGAAGCUCCAAUUGACCUCCGAUUUCCAGGUAUCCUCCAUGACCCCUUUCCUCGAGUCGCACCAAACUUUCUUCGCACAAAUUGCCGGGUUCUUCAUCGUGGAGGACCGUGUUCUGAGGACCGGAGGAGGGCUGAUAUCGCGGCUGGAAGUGGAAAACCUUUGGGACACGGCUGUGAGCAAGAUGUGCUCUGUGCUGGAGGAUCAGUUCUCCAGGAUGCAGACUGCAAAUCAUCUGUUGCUGAUCAAAGAUUACGUGAGCUUGCUUGGCGUAACAUUGCGCAGGUUCGGUUACCCGAUAGAUGCCUUGCUCGAUGUGCUGAGCAAGCACAGGGACAAAUACCACGAGCUACUGCUGUCCGAUUGCCGCAAACAAGUUGCCGAAGCCCUCGCGGCCGAUAAGUUCGAGCAGAUGUACAUGAAGAAGGAAUAUGAGUACUCGAUGAAUGUGCUUUCCUUCCAGAUACAGACAUCCAAUAUCAUGCCCGCUUUCCCUUACGUGGCCCCGUUUUCGUCCACAGUCCCUGACUGCUGCAGGAUUGUGCGCUCGUUUAUUGAAGACUCUGUCAGUUUCAUGUCAUAUGGCGGUCAGCUCGAGUAUUAUGAUGUGGUCAGGAAGUAUUUGGACAGGCUACUGACCGAGGUCUUAGAUGGUGCUCUAUUGAAAGUUAUCAAUGGCUCGAUAUCCGGGGUCACCCAAGCUAUGCAGAUGGCUGCCAACAUGGCGGUUUUUGAGCGAGCAUGCGACUUUUUCUUCCGCCAUGCUGCACAGCUGUCAGGAAUACCCCUGAGGAUGGCCGAGAGAGGUCGGAGGAAGUUUCCCCUUACGAAAGCCCGUGAAGCGGCUGAAGACACGCUUUCGGGCCUGCUGAAGCAAAAAGUGGAUGGAUUCAUGUCUUUGAUUGAGAAUGUGAACUGGAUGGCCGAUGAACCACCGCAGGGUGGGAAUGAGUACGCGAACGAGGUCAUUAUUUUCUUGGAGACUUUAGUCUCCACUGCACAGCAGGUUCUCCCCGUUGAGGUCCUGAAGAGAGUUUUGCAAGAAGUGUUAGCCCAUAUAUCGGAGACCAUUGUUGGGGUUUUGAUGGGGGAGUCGGUUAAGAGGUUCAAUGUUAAUUCCAUUAUGGGUCUCGAUGUUGAUAUACGGCUGCUGGAGUCGUUUGCUGAGAACCAAGCAGCAGCUCUUUUGUCGGAGGUGGACGCGAACGAGUUGAAGUCGGGGCUGGUUGAGUCGAGGCAGUUGGUGAAUCUGCUGCUGAGCAACCAUCCGGAGAAUUUCUUGAACCCGGUUAUUAGGGAGAGGAGUUAUAAUGCGCUGGAUUAUAGGAAAGUGGUUGCUGUCUCUGAGAAGUUGAGGGACCAGUCAGAUAGGCUGUUCUCAUCUUUCGGGACGAGAGGGGCUAAGCAGAACCCUAAGAAGAAAUCUCUGGAUGCUUUGAUAAAAAGACUCAAGGAUGUGAACUGA